UCGCCGGCUCCGUCCCCGCCCCUCGGUGACAUCAGGCAAAGCUGGUCGGCGACGCGGGGGCGGCUGCGGGCUCCCGGUGCCUGCCCCGCUGGCUGCGGGUUCCCGGUUCCUCCCCGCUUACCCCGCUGCGGCUUUUCCAGCCCUGGUGGCUCCGGACCCCGGGAAUCCCCCGCUCCCUCCAUCCCUCCCUCCAUCCCCGGGCAUCCCGGGGGCUGUGGCGGAGUGCGGCUCCGGGGAUGCGGGGGGACCGAUGGUGAGCCGCCGGCGCUCCCCUGCCCCGCACCAUGCCGCCGUGCCCACCCCCGAGAAGAUGUUCGAGGGCUGCCGGCGGGCACGGAGCCUUUGGGGGGGCGUGAAGCUGGAGGUGGCAGGGGAGAGCAGCCCGGUGGUGCUGCACAGCUUCACGCAGCUCGACCCCGACCUGCCGCCGCUGGAGAGCUCCACACAGGAGAUUGGAGAAGAGCUGGAGGAUGGUGUGAUCUACAGCAUCUCGCUCCGGAAGGUGCAGCUCCAUCACACGGCCAACAAAGGGCAGCGAUGGCUGGGGUUUGAGAAUGAGUCAGCCUUAAACCUCUACGAGACGUGCAAGGUGAGGACAAUAAAGGCUGGGACCUUGGAGAAGCUGGUGGAGUACCUGGUCUCAGCCUUCAAGGGCAAUGACUCCACCUACGUCACCAUCUUCCUGUGCACCUACCGAGCCUUCGCCACCACCAAGCAAGUGCUGGACCUGCUGCUCAACAGGUACGGCAAGCUCCACGUGCAGGCAAACGGGGACCACGCCAGGCACGCUGUGGAUGAGAGGACUGAGCUGAAGAACACCAUCUCCUCCAUCCUGGGGGCCUGGCUGGACCAGUACUCGGAGGACUUCCGCAAGCCCCCAGACUUCUCCUGCCUGAAGCAGCUCAUCUCCUACGUGCGCCACAACAUCCCUGGCUCCGACCUGGAGCGCCGAGCACGCAUCCUGCUGGCCCAGUUCCAGCAGCAGGAGCAGAGCGAGUCUGAAGCAGAAGCUGUGGACCAUGGUGGCUGCACCUUCCAGCUGGUGGAGGAGAACGGGGUUGGAGAGGGGAAGCCAGAUUUCCUCUCUUUCUCCCCAGAGAUGGUGGCAGAGCAGUUCACACUGAUGGACGCUGAGCUGUUUAAGAAAGUGGUGCCUUACCACUGCCUGGGCUGCAUCUGGUCCCAGCGAGACAAGAAGGGCAAAGAGCACCUGGCCCCCACCAUCCGCGCCACGGUCUCGCAGUUCAACAGUGUGGCCAACUGUGUCAUUGCCACCUGCCUGGGGGACAGGACCCUGAAGCCACAGCAGAGAGCUAAAGUGGUGGAGCGCUGGAUCGAGGUGGCUCGGGAGUGCCGCAUCCUGAAGAACUUCUCCUCCCUCCGAGCCAUCCUCUCAGCUCUGCAGUGCAACGCAGUUCACCGCCUGAAGAAGACCUGGGACGAGGUCCUGAGGGAGAGCUUCCGCACCUUCCACGAGCUCUCGGAGAUCUUCUCCGACGAGAACAACCACUCGCUGAGCCGGGAGCUGCUCAUCAAGGAGGGCACCUCCAAAUUUGCCACCUUGGAGAUCAACCCCAAGAGGGCUCAGAAGCGGCAGCAGCAGCAGCGAGAGAUGGGCGUGAUGCAGGGCACCAUUCCCUACCUUGGCACCUUCCUCACGGACCUGGUGAUGCUGGACACAGCCAUGAAGGAUUUCCUGGACGGUGGGCUGAUCAACUUUGAGAAGAGAAGGAAGGAGUUCGAAGUCAUUGCCCAGAUCAAGCUGCUUCAGUCAGCCUGCAACAACUACAGCUUCACACAGGAGGAUCAGUUCGUGGACUGGUUCCACAGCCUGGAGCGGCUCAGCGAGGCUGAGAGCUACGGGCUGUCGUGUGAGAUCGAGCCGCUGUCCGAGUCGGCCAGCAACACGCUGAAGGCCAAGAAAAACACAGGAAUCAUCAAGAGGUGGAGCGACCGGCAGCCGCCCAGCACUGAGCCCUGUGCCAGUGGCAGCUCGCACUCCAAGUCCUUCGACCAGCUCAAGUGUGGGCAGUACCUGUGCAGCGGGGACGCCACCGACUCCGUCAGCGUCACCUCCGCCGGCUCCAGCAGCUCCGACGUGGAGGAGAUCAACAUCAGCUUCAUCCCCGAGUCCCCUGACUGCCAGGAGAAGAAGGUCAGUGAGACCCCUCUGGCCUCCCUCCCCCAGCGCUGGUACGCCCCGUCUGUGGCCGACGGAGAAGCUAAACCCACUGUGUCCUCCGCAUCCCCUCUCCUCCCUGCCCUCCAGUUCUGGGAGUCCACCUCCCUUUCCUCGCUGGACACGUCGGGCAUCGGCUCGGGCUCCAGCAGUGCCUCGUCCUCCUCUGUCUCCUCCACGCCGGUGACAGCCUCCCGCACCCACAAGCGCUCGGUCUCCGGCAUCUCCAGCUACUCCUCCCUCUCGCUCCCCCUCUACAACCAGCAGGUCGACGACUGCUGCAUCAUCCGCGUCAGCCUGGCCGUGGACAACGGCAACAUGUACAAGAGCAUCUUGGUGACGAGCCAGGAUAAGACCCCGGUCGUCAUUCGCAAGGCCAUGGCCAAACACAACCUGGAUGGGGAUCGGCCUGAGGACUAUGAGCUGGUGCAGAUCAUCUCAGAGGAGAGAGAGCUGAAGAUCCCUGACAAUGCCAACGUCUUCUACGCCAUGAACUCGGCUGCCAACUACGACUUCGUGCUGAAGAAGCGAGGCUUCGCCAAGGGGGUGAAGAUCAAGCAUGGCUCCAGCUCCACCUUGCCCAGGAUGAAGCAGAAAGGCCUGAAGAUCGCCAAAGGCAUCUUCUAGCCUCAGCCCCACUGCCACCCAUCACCGACGGGGCCUUGGGGGGCAGGCUGCUCCGGGCUUGGCUGUGGCCGGGCCUGGCAGUGCCCGGCGCGGGGAGAGGAACCACCUCCAGCACCGAGAGCCUGGGGCGCAGCGGCAACCAGUGCCAGCCACCAGCUCUCUCUCCCUCUGCACAAGUCCCCCCUUUCUAUCAGGUGUUCUUUUGUACCCAGGAAGGCAGCAGAGGGAGGGGCUGCGUCUCUCCUCUCUUUUAUCCUUUUGUAAACCUUCCACGGGGCGACGCUCAGCCCAGAGCCGGAGCCUGCCUCUGCCGUAGGUGCCUUGUGCCCGAGCCAGCCGGGGAGCUGGCAGAGGGGCCCUUUGCAAGGAGCAGAGCACGAGCCAUCAGCCCAGGGCUGCUAAAGCCCUCCCCACACCGUGUGGUGCUCUCCUCCCUGGCUUUCCUGGCGUUGUUUUACCUCCACGUCCUUCCUCCCUGGGAUACCUGGCGUGGACACCGCCGCCCGCCCCCGCCUGUCCUGCCCUCGGGAGAAGCCGUCGGCGCCCCGGGCUGGGAGGUGAGCUGGAAAGGAUGGAGGCCUGCUCGGAGCCCCGUGAUGGAGCAGGUGCCUCGUGCUCUCAACUGG